CGUGAUAUAUGUACACAAGUACGUCUUGUAGUAUUUCAAAUUUACAGGGAAUAUGAAGAUGUCGCCGCCUAUCUCGUUGAACUGUAUAAUUGAAUCAUAGUUAGAAAUUACACUUUGUUUUUUUUUUUCAUAAUAAAUUAUUUCCAAUGUUUUGUUUACAACUAUGGUCGAUUUACUGUUUCCUCUUUGCAGGUAUUUACCGUUUACCCUUGAAUUCAACUUUCUCUGAUAAAUGAAUGGAAAAACUGAACAAAACAAAAAAGAGAAAAAGUUUUUGAAACCCCCAUUGUCAGCUGCUGAAGAACAGGCCGACAGACGACAACAGCUGAUUGGUUUAUCGUCAUCUUAUUCGUAUUCCUUUUGCAGUCAAGAAGUGGAAGAUUUUCUUGGGUGUGUUUUCGCAGAAAAUGUUGCAGAGAAAAAUAAAUGCAAAUUAACUUAAAAAUUGGAAACUCGUUAGGCAAAAUUAGAUCAUAUUAUGUAGAGUGAAUAUUUUAUGAUAUCUAUUGCAUUAUAUAUGUAUCACAAAUGACAAAUGUUUCAACGCAACGCAGCAAAUGCCACAACACGACUCACGAACAAUCAGCAUCUGUACUCAGACAUUGAAAUGCCAGAUGUUGCAAGUUCAACUACAAUCGGAGGCAAGACAACUUUAACUAAAAAACUACUUCUAACUCUAUUGGUACUUGCCCAAAUAUGUUUCAUUUCGUGCCUAUGGUUGUUACAGCUAGGCGAUGGCCUCAAUACCAGCUUAAAUGAGGUAACUGCGCAUAAUGGCGACACCAAAGACUACUCAAUUAAUACCAAUAAUUUAGUUAAUAAGCCACGCAGAGGAGCAUUGCUGGGUAUGAGACGUGUUAAUUUUAUAACCAAUUCCGUAAACAUUAGUUCAACCGAUACUGCAGGCAGAAAAGUAGCAUCAAAGCAGGAAGUAUCGCAAGCUGUGAUCGAAAAUAGUCAAUCAGGGAAAGAAAGCAAUUUUAAAAAAGACUUUUAUGUCAAACUGAACAGACUGAAUAAAACCAUAGAAUAUAGAAAUAGAAGCGGGUUUUUGCCUGAGUUGGACAACGAUGUAUUGUGGUGCUUCCGUAAAGGAAGUAUUGACGAACAAUCACAAAUAUCGAAUGAUGAAGCUGCACAGGACGUUGUACUUUCUUGGGAGGAAGAGAACACACAAUGCAAGUGUCGGGCUGGUUGGCAUGGGCGUGAUUGUGGUCAACCAGAAGUUAUGUGGCGUGCGUUGUUAACGUCAAAAUCACAUUUUCAACUGCAAGAACCAACUAAGACGCGGAGUCCAAAUCGCUUAGUACACUUGUUGGAAGGAAAUUUUUUUAAUUUAGAUUUAUUGGAUUUACAAAUAAGUAUGCUCGCCGAUGUAGUUGAUUAUUUCGUAAUAUAUAUAAAACCAGCACGAAAGGAUUUCAAAACAAUUCAACACUGGUUAAGAGAAACGCUGCCAACUAAUAAAUAUAUGAUUUACCUAUGUGACAAAGAGUAUACGUUAAAUAAAGAAGGAAAUUGUACCAUCAAACAGGCGUAUGCACAUUUCCAUCAACAGCUGCAGCAGAACCAAAUAAAACUAUUACCACUAAAACCAAGCGAUCUGCUACUUUAUACAGACGAUCGUGUGUUACCAUCACCGGAUGCACUGCAAUUUCUUAAAUAUUAUGCAAAAGAUGUACGUAAUGUACUUUUUCGACUGAAGUAUGUCGUCUAUGGUUUUUAUUGGCAACAUCCAAAACAAACUUAUCUUAAUGGUCUUGUAAGUUCCUUUGUCCAUAUGGACAACCCAAGCCAAAUAAAUGGCGAUGAAAGUGAUCCAGCAAAGAAAUUUGAUAUAAGCCUCACAGCAAGUAAUCACCCAGCACCUUUUGUCAUCGGCGAUUUAAAUCACUUUGGCGGAUGGUUUUGCAAAUACUGCCAGCAGCCAGAAGAAAUUGUAGCCGAAUUACAAGCUGAAAAUAGUUCCUUGACACAAGUUCAAUUUGCGGAUACUGUACGUAACCACAACAUUGACGCGGCCUAUUUGCAAAAACUUAUUGCAACCGGUGUUUACGUUGACGGGAAAAUGCAGCUGCUGCGUAAUCGUCGGUAUUCAGAUAAAUACUAUGCACCCGCAUUGGCAGAAACAGAUAAUUCAAAAUAUGGAAAUCUAUUAGUUAAUUUAUUCGAGUCAUUUGAUGAUGACAUUGAAUACGAAGCCGGAAAUUACUAAGAAAUGAGAAAUGUCGCAAUAUUCUUGCCUUAGCGUCUACUAACCGCUCCAAAUUGUGAAAAAUUUAAAAUAUGUUUAAUUGAGUGAUAAUUUGAAAAUUUAAAGAAAAUGCGGCUAAAAAAUUAAAUUUUCGGAAGAUGCAAACAAAUAUGAAAGCAGCAUUAGUUACUUGUCAAACAUAGAUUGGAGUAGAAUGGAUUGUGAGAUAUUAUCAUUUCAGCUACAUACAUUUAUUCAUAAGAAGUUAUUCAACUUUUGUGCCUAAUAAGUUUAUAUCGAAAUUAUUCUAUGCCCAAAAUAAUAUAUAAUUUGCAUUUAAAAUAAAACAUAAUUGAUAUAUUAACUAGACUGUUUAGAAUGUAUUUCUUCAAGAAAAUGCAAAUAAUCGAUGUGUCGGUAUUUUUUUUUUUUUAUUUAAAUCGUGUGUUUAUCAAAAAUAAAAAACACAAAACAAUAUGAAUCUGCAGAGCUCUCAAAAAUUUAAUUUAUAAAGUACUUGUAUUUUCUCAUACAUUACUGAUGACUUUGAUUGGUAUAUGCACUAGUAUUAUUAAUGUUGCAGUAAACACAUAUCAACGAUGACCUUUGUUAAGUAAAAUAAAUAAAUGUAUAAAUAUUG